AAGUUCCCAUUUCGUUUGUAACUUUGGACAUGCUUGGUCCUUGAAACUAAAAAUUUUAUUUAUCAGAUUUGAUUUUUCAAAGAUUUGUUUCAAUUAAUACCGUGAAAAUGAACUGUAAAGUGAUUUGUGUGGUGCUUAGCGGAUUGUUUCUGUUUGAAGCUGCCCUCGCUAGUCCUGUUGUCGAUGAUUCUACAAAUAAUCAUAUUAAUUCGGUUCAUCCAGAAAAAUCAACCAUUGAAGAAUCACUUUUCAAGAAACUCAACGUGAAAUGUUCCAAUCAAGAUAUCAGUUCCUGCAUGAUGCUGAAGUUGGUAAACUAUUUCAACAGGCUACUAAAGAAGUCGUAUAUUGAACUAGGUGACAUUGAAAUCACACAGACCUCCACUGAAACCGUUAACGUAGAAUCGUCCAGAGGUUUAAAUGAAGUUGAGAAAAUGGGAGAAGAAGAACAAUUGUAUGAAGUAUUGAUGAACAAAGCUUUUAACUUUAUUAAAACUAGAUCCCUGAAAUGGAAGGUGCUAGAUGGAGCCGAUCUUGUUUUGGCCGGCGGAUCUGACAAAGAUGGAAGCCUCAAUCUCGGUCUCUCCUUGAAGCCUAAUACUGCCGGUAUUGAAGAAGGUCGUAAAAAGAAGAAUAAGGAUGGUGGAAUGAACGCUCUUAUGGCUGCAGCUGUGAUGAAGAUUGGUCUGUUGAAGGCUUUAGCUUUUAAAGCUUUAGUGUUGUUGGUCGGAAAAGCUCUGCUUGUAAGCAAGCUCGCCCUUGUAUUGGCCAGUAUCAUCGGUUUGAAGAAGCUUCUCAGUGGAGGCGAGAAACACGUCACAUACGAAGUAGUCGCUCAACCCCAUCACGAGCACCACGUCGAACACAGCCAUUCCGGGGGAGGAUUCGACGCCCAUGGUGGAGGCGGCGGAUGGGGAAGGAACUUCGAUGCCCAAGCUGCUCAAAACUUAGCAUACAGUGCCCAUGUUCCAUCUAAUUAAAUUGUGAUUUUCUCGGUUUUACCGACACCAUAUUGGUGUAGUACUUCAGAGUUUUAACUUUAAUUUAUUUUAUUUAAUAUUUAUUUAUAUGUGUUUUGUUAAACUUGUUGCAAUAAAAGAAGAUGUUGUUACA